UUCUGGAACAAGGGUUGGAGGUGUGGGCUUACAAUAAAGAAGAAGGCCCAAUAUCAAGAUAUUGCUUACAUUAUUUUUAGGAGGAAGAAGAAAAGACAAGACAACACAUACAUCAAAGCCUUUAUCGUUUCCUCAGAAGCUGGAGCCUUGCAGGAACAAUUUGCAGAGCAAAGGCAAAGAAUGCAAACUUCUACAUUAAAUCACACUUUAAUCUUAUCUUUCAUACUUCUUCUACUACUCUCUUUACUUGUUCCUGUCAUCAUCAACACUCCCAAGUCUCCGCCAUCUCUUUCACUUGUAAAUCACAACCCUGAAAUGUCUCCCACUAUCACUACCACCACCACCGAGAUAUUCGGAGUCAAGAUUCAGAAAAACCCUCCUCAGUCUAAGCUUGAUGAGCUUGAUGUGUCCUCUUGGCCCAAGUGGGAAUGCCCUCCAAGCAAAUUUCCGUGGACAUUCAAAGCGACAGAGACAAUGUAUUUUCUCGAGGGGAAAGUUCAGGUUUAUGUUGAAGGGAAUGAAGGAUCAUUUGAAAUUGGGGCUGGCGAUUUGGUUAUUUUUCCCAAAGGGAUGAACAUUACUUGGGAUGUUGUUGAAGCGGUGAACAAGCACUACAGCUUGGAAGACUAAUGUAAAUAUAUAUAUAUAUGCCUUGCUGAACUUAUCAAUCAUUAGGAUUUAUGCAAUAAAAUUGUACCUAAUCUCUUACAGGGGAGAAUUCAGUUAGUAGAUUUUCUAAAAUCAUCAUCUACCUUUUAGUCAAUGCAUUGUGUUUCACUUUCACGAUACUAUAGUUUCAGAAUGAGUUGGAUGAUAAAACCAUCUAUGAUAUGCUUCUAUCUGUUUA